UGCGCGCUGCGGCUGAGGAGUCCAGGUCCGGAGCGAUGCGGGUUGUGGCGGGGGUCGGACGCUUGGUCCGGCCGGGCUGAGUGGUGCACAGACCGGACCGGAUCGGACAUGUCAGGCCGGAUGGGCGGCCCUUCGGCUGCGGGCAAGAAGCAGGUGCGGUUCGCGCGUCCCCUGCAGCAGCUGGCGGAGGAGGAGGAGGAUGCGGUGGAAGAGGAGGAGCAGACGCUGUGCGAGAAGCGGCCUCCCGGCGGCCGGCGCCGGCGGCUGGGCGGCGCGGACACCGGGGCCGAGCCCAGGCUGGUGGUGAUUCGCGGCGGCCGCUGGGCGGACACCCUGCUGCUUUGUGCCGCCUUCCUCGGGUUGGGGAUGGGCAUUGCUGUUUUGGGUCCUACUUUCAAAGAGUUGGCAAUUAAUGUCAACAGGAAUAUCAGUGAAAUCAGCUACAUCUUUGUGGGUCGCUCACUGGGCUACGUAGGGGGCUCGUUGGUUGGUGGGCUGCUGUUCGACUACAUGGAUCACCACUUGUUAAUGGGAAUUUCUAUGCUGAUGACUGCAGUGGGACUAUACAUUAUUCCAUGGUGUAUGAAGGCACCACUGUUGAUGGGACUAAUGUCCCUCAUUGGAAUCUCGAUGGGCAUAUUGGACACAGGUGGAAAUUUGCUAAUGUUGAUUACUUGGGGUAAGAAUGUCGGACCCUACAUACAGGCCCUACAUUUCAGUUUUGCUGUGGGUGCGUUUCUGACUCCAAUCCUGGCAAAGCCACUAUUGGGCAGCAUGCAAAAUGUCAUCAGUGACGGUGAGGAUGAUCCAUUGACCGACACCAGAAACAGCACUCAAAUUGGACUAUUGUACACUGUGAAAAUGGCUGUUCUGGGCUUCUCUCCUUUCGUCUGGACAUACCUGAUCAUUGGAAGCUUUGUUCUUCUGGUCUCCUUCUCAUUUUUCAUAAUUUAUUUAAAGUCUAGAGCAAAUCGAGGGAGAACUGAUGGUUCUUCGCAGGAGAAUCCAUUUGCAAGAUACCACAAUGCAAUUUUGGUCCUUCUCUUUCUCUUCUUCUUCUGGUAUGUAGGGGCUGAGGUGGCCUAUGGAUCCUACAUUUUUACCUACGCAAAAAACUUCAUUCAUAUGGGUGACAACCAAGCAGCAGGUUUAAACUCCUUGUUCUGGGGAGCCUUUGCUGCGGCAAGAGGUCUCGCAAUUAUAUUUGCAACAUGCCUUUAUCCUGGAACUAUGAUACUGCUCAGCAUUAUAGGCUGCACCAUUUCCUCCCUGGUUCUUACACUUUAUAAUACUAAUCACAUCUCUCUCUGGUUAGGCACUGGCCUUUAUGGAGCCUCAAUGGCCGCUACCUUCCCCAGUGGCAUUAGCUGGGUUAAGCAGUACACGGACACCACUGGAAGGUCAGCUGCUUUAUUUAUUUUUGGAGCUGCACUAGGUGAGAUGGUGGUUCCGGCUAUAGUGGGGUACCUUCAAGGGAUCAAUGCUGUCAACCAUUACCCUAUAUUAAUGCUGACUGCCUUGGUGACCUCCACAAUGACAGCCAUCCUGUUUCCUGUGAUGUACAAGCUGGCGACGUCUCCGAACAGUGCCAAACCACAGAGUGAAGAUCAAAAAGCUUUGUUGGGAUCAGGGAUAAAUGAGGAUGAUGACUGUGAUGAUGAUGUUCCUGAAGAAUGGAAUGAUGCAGAUUUUGAAGUCAUCGAAAUGAGUGAUGUAAAGGAUGGCACAGACAAGAACCCAGUAGGAAAUGCAUCAGGAAAGACGAAGGAACAGUCCUCUCCCGAACGAAUGUCUUUUUCUUCUGUUCCCUCCCCUGCAUAUCUAGGUGGCUCUCCAAAAAAGAGACUGCUCACCUUGGAAAGAGAAAAGAAUGAUUGAACACGUGUACAAGAAAGCUUUUUGUCCAUCAGCACAAGGCACCACAGAAGAAUUAUUGGUAUCUUUAGAUCAAUUAAUAUAAAUAUUUGAUUUUUGUGUCCUUGGAAGGAAAGUCUGAAACUGUGAAUGUGUAAAGAAGUUGCUUGUAAUUUUGUGGUUAUCAUUAGACUAAAUUAGCAUAAUUAUUGCGUUUUUUUUUAAAAAUGCUGGAAAAGGUUUUAAAUAUUUGCAUGGCAAUUUGAUGCUUCUGUAGAAGUUUGUGAGUUGUCUUAUGCUAUCUCUAGCAAGUUGAUUUUAGGGAUGGGAUAUCACUGAUAAUCCAGAUGAGAAAACUAGAUUUGAACUACAAUCUUCACGAAGAUAACAGGUACUUGUCACCUGGCUGAGGAAUCAUACAUAGUAUCAUAUGGGGAAUGUAUUAAUUCUGGUGCCCAUGGUUGUUGUAGGGGUGGAAUCUCAAUGUAUGGCUGUGCAUUUGAGAGGAGGUUGAGUGUAAAAAUGCCAUUGAGUGGUAGGACCUGGAUUUUGACGAGAUUGCUGUCCAUGUAUUUGCAAUGUACCAAAAGUUUGCAAAAAAUAUUUUGUGAUAUUAGUAAAAUUUGCAAAGUAACACUCCAUAAAUUAGCUAGAUUGUCAAAAUGUGAAUGUGCAUUUUCAAGCAGUCUGAUACUACAGUUAUAGCUGUAAUACACUAACCUGUAAUACACUAACCUGUAAUACACUAACCUGUAUUUUUAUCUAGAGGAAGAGGGGAAAUUCUUCAUUUCUGGGCUAGAAACUGAAACACGUUGAUUAUUUUUCUAUGUCCAUUGAAAAUAAACCAAUAAUUUUAUAAAUGAUUGGAUUAAAAUUAAACUGCUAUGGUUAAGAGAAAUUGUUCAUUGUGCUUUGAAUUCUGGUUACUGAUAUUUCCCAUGGUAUUAUCUUAUUCCAGUACCACACUGAAAAACAGAAUUUGUAGGUAAAUUCUGUUUUAUUAGUUUAGUUUGUGAGCAGGCCAAUCUAAUUGUGAUAGCUAAUUAUUGGGAUUUUGAGAGGAAUAUUUGGGUAAUUCCCUAGGACAGGUCAUAGCUUCAUCCCCAGCUACUUUGUAACUGUGAUGAGGGCUUCUGCCUGCAACCCCCCCCCCAGGCUGCGUGUUCCAUUACUUGUAGGUUUUCCUACAGGCUGUAAACUUGAAAGUAAGUCAAUGGCAUAUAGCCAACUUUAAUGAAAUGUCAACUACUUGAUAUUUUACAACAAAUUGAAUUGCUGUUGUGAGUACCUGUUUGCGUACAAUUGUGCUGAAACAGUAAAAUAUGGUCUUCAAUAUUCCAGAUCAAUAUUAGCCAAAAUUAUGACUUUAUAAAACACAAAAUUAGUUUCAGAAUUAGGGUUCCAAUUGCAGUGGUUUGAAGAAAAUGUACUCUCCCUAGAGCCAAGGGACUUUUGGUGCUUUAAAAAUACAUUUGCAGGAAGCCUCACAACAGCCAAAAGCCUUUUUAUGCCUUUUUGAAAAGGCUUGUACAAAAAUGGAGCUAAUGAUGAAGGCUGUCAGAUUAAGCUCUGUUUAAGGGUCGUUAACAUUAACUGGUUCUCUCCACAGAUGUUGCCUAACUGGAGUAUUUCCAAACAGUAAUUUUGUUUGAGAUUUCCAGUAUCUGCGGUUGUGCUUUUAAACUAUUUGUCCUGACUGCCCUAUGAUAUGCCUGUAGCUUGGAGGACUGGUAACAGUGAUUCUGGGCAUUUUAAGACUAAGUACUGUGUCAUUGACAGUAACAUAUAGGUGAUUGUGGAUGAAAUCACUUGGUAUUAGACUUGCCUCAUUGUAGUUGGAAGAAAUAAUUGCAUUAAACCUCAAAAUAAAUUUAUUUGGGGAGAGCUGGGCUGGGGACAGUUGAAUUGGGGGUGGGGGGGAAAGGAAAGAGAGGUGAAGAGUGCUUAUUGGAUCACCAGGUGUUGAAUCCAAAACGAUUUCAUUGGAACUUGCUACUUUUUAAGAUGGCUAUUGUUCAUAUAUCUUGAUGUGGUGCUUGAUGGCUAUCUAGCAGUUCUAUGUAGCAACAGUGUUUGUUUCACAGGCAAUCAAUACAAUACAUUUUGAGACAUUAGAGAAUUUACUAAUGAGGGAUGCUACUUAUCUCUCAAUGGAUUAAUAAAGCAUCAAUUCUUUAAUGUAUGCAUUUGGGUUGUAAUUCACACUCUGCACAAUGUAGUAAUUAGCUAUGUACUCAGGGCUGGAAAUGAUUAGACAACCUCUGUGGUUCAGUUACUAGCAUUGACUGAAGUCCCACUCCAGAGGGUCAAAGAAAAUCCAGGCUGCCUUGCUGUUACACUACAUGGCUGUCUUUCAGAUGAGAGAUGCUCUCUGCAGCAGGGCUUUCUCAGAAAGAUUUCUCUCAAAUGGAGUCCAUCUAUCCCUGUUGGUAUUUAUUCCUGCAUUAACAGAUUCUGCUUACAAUAUUGUGGAAGCAUGUGCACAAAAUUGCAGCCAAUAACAAAACUUCAUGUGUACAGAAAAAUGGAACUAAUGUAAACUGCUUUAUUUCUGGCACUGUAAACAGAACCUAAUCUCUCUACUCACCACCUCCUUUUGCUAAGAUACCCUUAAAGAGCUGCCUUUUCCAGCAUUUAAUAACUUGUUAAAAUGUUAAAGUAUGCAGCAGGAGAGAUGGAACAGCUGCCAUUUCACAGGUUGCCAGUUUGGCACAGGAUAACCAAACUUGUUUCACCAGUAUCUCCUGUACAUAACCUGCUCUUCCACUUCCCUUGUCUGUGGUGAAAGCCCAACAUUCUCUUUAAUGUAUUUAGGGCUAGCCAAUUAAAAAAUAGCUUUGGUGCUGUUAGCAUA